GGCGCCCGCCCGCCGGCGCCGCGCGUUCCCGAUCCUGAUCCGCGUGCACCCCGCGCUCCGGAUCCCGAUCUGGCGCCCGCGCUCCGGGUUUCGCCGCAGAUCGAAGAUCCGGAUCCGGGUCUAACUCAGGCAGCGCUAAUUAAUCUCAGCUAUUGUCACGGCUUUCUAUCUGACACAUCAAAGCGUUGGCUUCAGAUCACUUCCACCGGAUUUAUCCCUUUAAUUCGGAUUAAUCUCCAAUUUGAGAAGGGAUCCGGCUCCUUGUUUUCCUGCGUCCCACUAAAAUAUCGGCCCCCACAACUGCAUUCUCUUACAAUCGUUCCACAUCCAAGUCACCCAUUUAACAGCAGGGAUAUAACUAACGCAUUGAGUUUUCACCACAGAGUGAAGACUGUUGAUUCAUACUUCUUUGAAAUUUACGGCUCAGGACCCUCUAAUCAUUCCACGAGGGGUGAUAUUCCUCUACAGGAAAGUCCGUUCGUAUCUGUCCGGGCGAAGCCAAUGAUUUCCGUUUUCUGGUGCUUAUCGCAUGGAAGUUCUGGGUGGUGAAGGAGAGAGGGGAGCGGGGAAAGUUUACUGUGAGUUUGGGGGAGAACGAGGAGGAGACGGUUCCUGUGGGAUUGGAGGAGAAGGAGAAAGAAGAAAAGGGCCCUAUCAAUUUGGGGGAGAUGGAGGAAGAUGUCUCCAUGAGGUUGAACAACGAGGAGGAGAGAAGCCCUCUGAAGUCGUAGGAGGAGGGGGAAAGCAUCCCUGUAAGUUUGAACGAGGAGGAGGAAGGGGAGAAGGAGAACGAGGACUCUGUGAGGUCGGAGGAGGCUGCAAAGGUUCUUGUGAGGUUGGGAGAAGAAGACGAGGAGGAAGAGGUGGUAGCAGUGGUCCCAGUGAAGCUGGGGUGAAAGGAGGUCCCUGUAAGGGGAGGGCAGAAGGAGGGGAAGGACAUACCCGUGAGGUCAGGAUCAGGACCCCUAAUAAAGGUGAGGUUGGGAUUCAAGCAACAGGAGGUACCGGUGAGAAAGGGGUUGGAAGUGUGGAGCUUAGUGCGGAGGCCCGAGGGAUUCACGACAACAGAGAGGAUGUCAAUAAGAAAGAGUUUUGCGUGCCCAGUCAAGAAGAACAGCAGAGCUGGAUGGAGCAGGCAUUGAGUACGGCAAAAGUGGCUUUGGAGAAGGGUGAGGUGCCUGUUGGGUGUCUGAUGGUUUACCACGAUGAGAUAUUGGGACAAGGGAAGAAUGAGGUCAAUGAAACUAAAAAUGCUACUCGCCAUGCAGAGAUGGUCGCCAUUGGCCAUGUCUUGGAGUGGUGUCGCCAGAAAGGCAUGAGGUGGCAGGAAGUGUUUAAAGAGACGGUGUUGUACGUCACUGUGGAGCCUUGCAUCAUGUGUGCUGCUGCCUUGCGACUGCUGAACAUUCCACUAGUGGUGUACGGCUGUCGGAAUGAGCGCUUUGGAGGCUGUGGUUCAGUGCUGAAUGUUCCCGCUGAUAAUUUACAACGCACUGGAGCACCCUUCAAGUGUGUCGGUGGAUACCGAGCUGAGGAAGCUGUGGAGCUGUUAAAGACUUUCUACAAAGCUGAAAACCCCAAUGCACCAAAAACAAAAGUACGGAAGAAGGUAUAAUGCCUGCCUGAUCAACUGCUCAUUUAUAGAGCGCAUGGCACAGCGCUCAGCGGGUUGAGGGACAAACACGCGGUGUUUAACGUGAACUUACUGGAUGGAAGAAGUGCGUGGCAUUCGACUGAGUCAAGACAGAAUAAGAGCAAUAACAGCAAUUAUAGGCAGCAUCAGAAUAUCUCGGAGCCUGUUACCCUGUCUGGUUAACAGCCUCCCCCUUCCAGUCAGCCCGCCCAUUUUGACAGUUUAACGGGAUCUCCUUCCUGUGGCACUCAAUACCUACCCUCUGCCUUCUGGUCGGGAAUGAGAAUCCAAACGUCUGCAGGGGUGUAGGGGUGCCAGGUAUGAACAUGUUCCCCACCACUUUGAUUUGGGUGUAUCACAGCUCCCAAAUCAUCCAAAUGUAAAUCUUAUUUCUUGAGUAUCAUUCAUAAAUUACAAUGUUCAUCAAAAUAGCCUUCCUAAAUGAAAGUAUUGAGUACAGGAAAUGGGAUAUUAGGUUAAAGUUGUGUAAGACUUUGGUGAGGCCUAAUUUGGAGUGUUAUGUGCAGUUUUGGAUACCUUCCUACAGGAAGGAUGUAAAUACGUUUGAAAGAAUGGAGAGGAUAUUUACAAGGACGUUGCUGUGUGUGGAGGACCUGAGUUAUAAGGUAAGAUAGAAUAGCUCAGGAAUUUAUUCCUUGGAAAAUGGAGAUUGAGGGGAGAUUUGAAAGAGGUAUUCAAAAUUAUGAGGGGUAUAGAUAAGUCAAAUGCAAGCAGGCUUUUUUUUACUGAGUUUGAGUGAGACUGCAACUAGGUAUCAUGGGUUAAGGGUGAAAGGUGAAAUGUUUAAGAGGAACGUGAGGGGAAACUUCUUCACUAGGAAAGGGGAGAAAAUGUGGAAUGACCUGUCAGCAUAAGUGUGAACUCGAUUUCAUUGUUUAAGCGCAUUUUAGAUUGGUACGUGGAAGGGUGAGGUAUGGAGGGCUGUGGUCCAGGUGUAUGUUGAUGGAACUAGAUGGUUGAAGUACUUCAGCAUGGCCCAAAGAACCUUUUUUUUUGCUGUACUUUUCUAUCACUCUAUAACUCUAUGGCAAGUGAACAAAACAUUUCCCUAAGUGUAUCAUAUUGUGCGUAGGCCACCUAAGCAAAAUAUAUCACAAACACAAGGGUAGAUGGUCACGAUUUGGCCCUUUUGUAGGACGUACACUACACUCUAACUUAAUAGAUUGCAGCUCCUCAUGGACACGAGAUUUUGCAGAUGCUGGAAAUCUUGAUCAACACACAUAAAAUGCAGGGGGAUCUCAGCAAGUCAGGCAGCAUCUAUGAAGGAAAAUGAACAGUCGAUGUUUCGUCCUGAAACUCUCAUUAGGAUUGGAUAAAAACAUACCACUUUGGAUAAAGAAGGGAGACGUACUAAUUUUAUAAUGUGAUAAUUUAUCACAACAGCAGUGGCUUAGACAACCAGGCACUGAGCCUUGAGGAAUUUGGCUCGUUCACCCACUGAGUAUUCCUCCACUUUUGGCCUCUUGGUAUUCCCUUCUUUUAAUCCCUCAACCUCUGGCAAGGCCUUACAUAUGGAAUUCCUUUCUCUCUCUCUCGUUCCUCUUUGAGAGGAUUCUUUAAGCUUCAUCCUAAUCAAGCUUUUAGGUCCUCUACUCUAAUCCACUCUUGCAGUUUGAUUACCAAUCCUGCCCAAGUACACUCCUUGUGAUAUAUUGGUCACGUACGUUGAGUGUGCAUAAUAAGUGCAAGUGAUUGUUGCUUUGUGGGUGCAAGGGAAGGUAGGGAGGAGUACCAAGUAAAUUUAUUAUCAAAGUAUGUUUAUGUUAGCAUCUUCGACCCUGAGAUUCAUUUCAUUGUAGACAUCUGCGGGGAGAAAAAGAAAUAUAAUUAAAUUUACAAAAAAAAUACAUGUACAGACAGAGACUGACAAACAACCAAUGUGUAAAGAAGACAAACUGUGCAAAUAAAGAAAUACUGAGAACUUGAGUUGUUAAGAAUCCUUGAAAGUGUCAGAAUCUGUUCAGAGUUGCGAGUGAAGGUAUCCACACCAGUUUAGGAACCUGAUGGCUGAAGGGUAAUAACUGUUCCUGAAUCUGGUGGUGUGGGACCUAAGGCUCUUGUAGCUCCUGCCCUGAUGGUCCCAGCGAGAAGGGAUCAUUGCCUGGAUGGUUGGGGUCUUUGAUGGUGAAUGCUGCUUUCUUGAGUUAGAGCUCCUUUCAGGUGUGUUCAUUAGUGAGGAGGGCUCUGCCAAGGAUGCAAGUUACACAUGUAGUCUUGGACCUGAGAUUGGCCAGGGUGGGCACACUGCAGAGGAAUGGUGCAGAGAAGAUCCACCAGGAUGUUCUCUAAGAUGAAGUAUUUCAGUCAUUAGGGGUUGCUUUCCUUGAAGUAGGUGAGGCUGAGAAAUAUGAUAUAGAAAGUUAUGAGAUGUGGAUAGGAUAGAUGGUAAGAAACAUUCAGGAAGGCAAAGUCAAGGAAUCACAGACCAGUCCUCAUUGAGGGAUCAGCGAUGGAAAGGGUGAGCAGUUUAAGUUCCAGGAUGUCAGCAUCCCUCCUGGGUCCAACAUAUUGAUGUAAUCAUAAGAUAACAGCUAUAUUUCAUUAGGAGCUUGAGGAGAUUUGGUAUGUCACCAAAGACACUCGUAAAUGUCUACGGAUGUAAUGUGGAGAGCAGUCUAACUGGUAGUAUCACUGCCUGGAGUGGCACUGCGCAGGAUCAGAAAAAGCUGCAGGAUGUUGUAAGCUCAGCCAGUUUCAUCAUGGGCACGAGCCUCCCCAGCGUGGAGGAAAUCUUCAAAAGGUAAUUCAUUAAAAAGGCAGCAUCCAUCAUUAAAGGUGCCCUUUUCUGAUUGCUACCAUCAAGGAGGAGGUACCUGAGCCUGAAGACAUACAGUCAGGAGCAGCUUCCCCUCUGCCAUCAGAUUUCAGAAUGGACAGUGAACCCAUGAAUUCUACUCACUAAUUUUUUAUUUGCUCUCUUUUUUGCACUACUUAAUUUAAUGUGUGUGUGUAUAUGUAUAUAUAUAUUUCUUUUUGUAAUGUAUAUUUUUCUAUAUUGCAAUAUUCUGCUGCCACAAAACAACACAUUUCACAACAUAC